UCCCUUCCUCCCUCCCUUCCUGCUGGCCUGUGAGGAGAGGAUGUUGUCUGGAAGUGUGGGAGAGGAAGGGCCAUCAGGCGAAUGUGUGCGCUCUCUUUCUCUCUUUCCCUCUUUCUUUCUUUCUUUCUUCUGGGUCUGUGUUGGCCUCUCCCGCUCCUCUUUGGAUGUGUGCACGGCCCCUGGGGCAGGGCAGAGGCUCGGCAGCGGCUGGACGGACGGACGGCUGAAACUCAAGCGUAAAUGUCCGACGGAGCGAAGAAUGGCAGCGACAGUCAUAAAGGUGCCCUGCUUCCAGUGGAGGUCUGGCCAGAGCUCGAGAGGGCAGAGAGUCUUGCCAGGGGUGCGGCCUUGAAAUGGGCGUCAGGUGUGUUCUGUCGCCCCGAGCAACUGGAGAGACUGGGGCAAUACAGGAGGAGAGAGAGCCAAAGGACAUCUUCAAUCCACUCAAGACUGAAGUCGGUGGUGCAGUCCUACCUGGAGGGUGUGGGCUGGGGGCUGGAGCAGCUGAGGGAGGCUCGGGCGGAGCUGAGGGAGGUGUCCCACACGCUACAGAAGGUCAGCGCUGAGGCCAAGAAGAGCGUCAAGGGAGCCUCCGCCCUGGAGAAUCUGCAGGAGGUCACGGACGAUCACUGUCAGCUGCUGGCUGCCGUUAGCAACCUCCCCCGCCUCUACUUAGUGAAGAGUAAGGUGUCAGAGACCGAGAGGCUGGUGGAGUCUCGCCGGCUGCUGGAGGCUCACGCGCGGCUGAUGGAGCUGGAGCGCUGGCAGGACGAGGUUCUCCUCCAGGUGUGUGCUCCAGACGGGGGCAGCGGGCAGAGCCUGGCCCCCCAGGACGAGCAGAUGGUGCGGGACUACUUCUCAGGCGUGGGCCGGCUGGUGGAGGCCCUGGGGAAAGAGCUGUGGACGGUGGUGGGGAGCAGCCUGGCGCUGGCACGCCAGAACCCCACGCUGUUCGUGUCGGCGGUGAGGAUCAUCGAGAGGGAGGAGGCGCUGGACCAGGCCCUGCUGGAAGAGAGGGGCCCAGGAGUGUGGGCCGCGGCGGGAACUACCAAACCGCUACCGCCUGGUAGACCACGCUACUGGAGGGAACGCUUCUUCAAGGUGAUGGAGGAGGCCGUAUCAGCGCGUUUACGUAGCGUUUCCUACCUCCAUACGCGGGGGCCGGGACUGGUGGGCCACCUCUCCGCCCUGCAGCACACCGUCAUGGGGGACCUGGCCACGGUGCGCCACCUGCUGGAGCAGUGUGUGCCACCGCACUACCGGCUGACGCAGGCCUACCUGAGAGCGUGCCACCACUGCCUACAGAGCCACCUGGGCCAGGUCAGCAGCUGGGACCUGGAGAGCGGAGAGAUAUUCGCUGUGCUCAACUGGGUGCUGCACAUCUACAACAGUGCAGAGAUGAUGGGUCAACCAGACCUGGUUCCCGAGCUGAAGCAGGGGGAGCUGGGGCCUCUCAUCACACAGGAAGGGCUGGAGCAGCUACAGAAUAAAUAUGUGCAGAGUGUACGGAGAAGUGUAUCUGAGUGGAUGCAUAAGGCCCUGGAGGUGGAGCUAACAGACUGGAAAAGAGACCAGGAACCAGACACUGACCAUGAGGGCUACUACCAUACAAGCUUGCCUACUAUAAUCACUCAGAUGCUAGAGGAGAAUGCCAGAGUGGCCUUUAUGAUCAGUGACAGUCUCCGUGAUCAGACCAUUCAGAUGGGACUCUACGAAAUGGAGAAUCUCCUCAACAGGUUCAGAGAAGCUCUUAUUGAAUUUGGAAAGGAGCAUCGCAAGGAACCCAAUAGUAACAAGUUCUACCUCCAUUACUUACUGGCAUCUAUCAGCAACUGCAUCAUCCUCAAACACUCCACAGAGAGCCUUCAGAGGCAGCUGAGGUGUCCGUCCAUGGGUCGUUUCUCCCGGGCUCCCCCGGGGCCUCUGGCUGCUCUGGAGCGGGCCGUGAAGAAGGCCUGUCGCCUGGUCAUGGACCAGCUGCUCCUGGAUCUUCAGCCAUACCUCCAGGGGCUCCUGACCCGCUCCUGGCUGACACAGGGGAACAUCACCCCAAAACUGUGCACCGUUCUGGAGCACCACUGGGAGCUCUACUUCCGAGUCAGACCACCCUGUCGAGAGCGCUUGCAGGAGGAGAGCCAGUGGCUGGCUGUGGUGGAGUACGUGCGCGCAUUAAUGCAGAAGAGAAUAGUUUGUCGGAACAUAGAGGAGCGAUUACAACUUGCCGAGCGGAUGUCACAGGAUGCUCAACAACUAAGGGAUGUGUUUCAAAGCACAGAGGCAGAGGGUCCGGAGAGUGAGGUUAAUCACAUUGCUCUGCUGAGUGUCCUGGCUGAUCUGAUCCAGCUGAGGGACCCCAGCAUGUUAACUCUAGAAGUCUCUGGUCUGGUUGCAAAGUACCCGGAUAUCAGUGAGGAACAUGUGUUGGUGUUACUGGAAGUGAGGGGUGAUGUCUCCAGGGACAUUCGAGGGACAGUAUUGGAUUUAAUGGAAAGGACUGCCCCAAAACUGCCUUCAGGAUAUCGGCCAAUGUUUUCUGAUAUUCUGGUCCCAGCUCCAAGCAUGCCAUUUUGCUUGCCCACACCCAAGUGUGCUUAACUGAAGCAUUGUAUGUAUUCUGCUAAGACAUCAGCCCGUUACCCAUGCUGGACAUUCAAAAAUAAGUGUCCUCUCUCCCUCAUUGGUGCCUUGGCCGCAACUUUACGUGUUUCUGGAUUCUUCUGACCAAUACCUUCAGUAUCCAUUCACACAGCUCUAUAGACUAAUAUUUGUGACUGGACUAACUGAGAAAGAAGCUUGUUGUUGUCACAUGCACAGAAAUAUUUCUCUUGUGAGAUGUGGCUGACUGCAGGACAGUGGACAGCUUCAGAGAUGGACAUCAGAGAUGAGGCUACAGAACUCGUAUUAUGCACAUAUAUAUGCUGCCGUGGAUGCUAUCGUAGCCUACUGCCUUGUGGAGUAAAAAUGGAGAUCCUCACCAUCUUCGACCUUUAAUGUGACUUGACAAAUAUAUGUAAUUCAUGCAUGAAUGAGCCUCCACUAAUUAUGUAUUGAUAUUAAAAACCGAAUUGUGAAAUGCUGUCAAUUCGGAUUGCCCAACAA